GUUUAGUUAGCUGUCUCCAGGGUCCAGGGCAGGGCCAGGGCUUCAUACUGAAAAUUAAAAUAAUUAUGACUGGAUUGCUCGGAUAAUAUAGACGUGUAAUGGAGUCCCCAACAGUCGGAAUAGAUGACCUUCCUGAUGAAAUUUUGUGUGUUAUAUUCUCAUAUCUUAAUCCAGGAGAUGUUGUUAAAAAUGUGAUUCGCGUAUGCAAAAGAUGGGAAGUUGUUGUGAAUGAAAAUAAUAUGUGGUGGAAAAAUGUACAGUUUACAGUUUACAUUGAUUCUUUCAUUGGAUACAGUUUUAUUACUGAAAAACCUACAAGCAUAAGACUAUGGGUGGAAGAGGAUUGGAAUCAAAUAAUGAUUGGUGAAAAGGAUUUAAACUUAGUGCCCAAUGUGCAGUGCAUAAAGUUCAUUGGUGGCCGUACCGAGAGUGAAAAGUGUUACCCAGUACAAAAUGCUAUCAGAAUUUUAGAUGUUCUUCGUAAAACCUGCAAAAAUAUAGUCAAAUUUGAAUUUGAAAGAUGUUUUGGUAUGGCAAGUAAAGAGUUUGUCGAAUUGUUAUGCACGUGGUAUGAAAAUAUCAAAGAAAUUAGAUACGGCAUGAGCUGUUCCUAUAUCAUUCCGUAUAAAAAUAUUUCAACGUUUAAGAGUCUUACAACUCUAGUAGCUCAUGACUAUGCUUUUAAACAUUUUGAUUUAUCCUGUUUGGCCGAUGGCUGUGAAAUGUUGAAUAGCUUAUGGAUAUUAUUUGCCAGAUCUCCCAAAGUUGAUGAUGUAUUAAACUUUUUGGAAAAAAAGAAGCACAUUUUAAAAGAACUCGGCAUAGGCAGUAUCAUUCAAGAUUGCAUUCUUGAAAAAUUAAAAGAAUGCUGUUGUUUGGAAGUUUUAUUUGUCACAGAUGCAAGAUUUGUUACUGAUGGGUGCAUAAGAUCAUUCUACAAUCUACCAAAAUUGAAAUAUUUUUCUCUCCAUAGAGCACGGUUCGAGCCUCAAACUGUAUAUGAUAUAGUAAGGGCUGGGCCAUCAGGAUUAUUUUCACAACUUUUUAUUUUUGAUUUGACAAAUUACAGAUAUGAAUCAAACAUUUUCUCCCCCAAAGAUGCAAUAAAUGGAGACCGGAAGAUGAUGUUUGAAAAUAACAUUUCCACAGCGAUUGCUGUGCCCUGGACUGUCAAAUCUCCUCUUCAUUGGAUGUAUCGCAGUGAAAAAGUACAGCGCUACACACUCACAGACCAGACAAAAAUAGUGGUGGGUGAACCUCAGACCGUCUGUGGUCUGAGGGUUCAACCAACAGACACGCAGACCUCCCACACACGCAGACCUCCCACACACGUUAAGAAAAGUGCCAGACGCCAGACCAGACGGUCUGGUCUGGAGGCCCUCGGGGAUCGCCGACCAGCCGCCCUGGCCAGACCGGGCCUGCCGACAAAAUUCCCAGUUCCCUAA